AUUUCCCGGCGCGCGUAUGGCAAGGCCCUGGCGCCCGCACGGGGCAGCCGGGCGCGUUUGGCCCGCCCCUUUGGCAGUGUGGCGCAGCGGCCGCGAGUGUUGGCCCGCUCGGUCGCUGGGUCGGCCCCGCCCCAAGCUGGGUGGUGUGCGGCGCUUUUCGUUGUCGCCCGCGGUAUGGCGCCCGGCCGCCCCUUCGGGAGGCAACGCACGAACGCGCCCCGCGUUUUGCUGGGAGGCAGCGCCCGCCUGUUUUGUGUGGGGAGCGAGGGGCCAGCGGCCUGAAGGGAUCCGCGCGCCGCGCGCACUUCUUCUGGUGAAGCAAGUAGCAGGCCUCCCCGUAAGUGGGUGUUGGUUGGCCCUGCUCGCGGUCGAGGCCCUGCGCGGGCGCGCUUGGUUUCAUGCCUGGGGCACGUUCCGCAGCCCGUGGUCGGUGCCGCCUCCUGGGCCCGUUGGAUGGCUCCUUGUCCCCAGCAUUUAUCUGUGGCAGGGACAGGAGGUUUAGCCCGGCAGCACUGCUUGCCCAGGUAAUAGAUUCUUGAUAAGAUUCGCGGCCGCUGUGCGCAAGCUGGCUAGGUGGGCCAGUCACGCAAACUUCUUGCUUCACAUGACGCUUACACCCACCUUCCUGGGCAAGUGCUUGCGAUUAU